CUACCUAAUGGCGCUCUAUCUGGUGUACAGCAAUUUCACAGUCCAAGCUUCAAAUGAGUGUGUCGUAGGACGCGUCGGAUUCCGACAGAAUACGCGGAAAUCGUCCGUGCACCAACCCCUAAUCAGGGGUUACCCUAAUAACCCUCCUGGACCGCAGUUUUAUAGCAGACAGACCGACACAAUCGAUCGACCUGUACACUGAGGAGCUCACAAGGCACAUGAUAAUGGACUUUAAGAAGCUCUUCAGUCGCAAGAAUCGUAAGAUUUCUCGUCCGAAGCGGCCAGAAUAUCAGGACAAAGACCUUCAGCCACGUCUUCCCAAAAUUCGUGAGCGAGCUUUGACUCUAUAUGACCCUAGUCAACUUGCAUCGGGGCUCUUGUCGAGGCUGCCGAUCGAACUUCGCCUUCGCAUCUACGACGAUGUCCUCGGCCAUCGCAAAGUCCACGUGGCCUUCGAAUUUGGACCGCGCGAGUACCGUACAGACAAGAAGAAGGAGCAUUUAGAGUGGCGAUGGUGGCACUGCAUUUGCACGUGGGACCAAACCAAGGGGUAUGAUCACUCCUGGAGGAUCUGGCGGGAUGGAUGUAGAUGGGCAAAUCUUGGUGGGGAUCCAGGACCCCCAAACGGAAUGAUGGGCAAACUGAAGCUCGAUUUUGCGAUUUUGCUGACAUGUCGACAAAUGUAUUCAGAAGCAAUCGACAUCCUCUACAGCACCACGACCUUCGACUUCGACACUCGACAGCUUCUUUGUGACUUUUCGUCACUAGUGCUCCCACAACGCUUCGCACUUAUUAGUGCCAUCGAGAUGAAAUGGUACUUUCUCAAUCUAGGCUGCUCGGUCAUCCCGGCCAAAGACAGGCAGCUUUAUCACGACAUGUGGGCUAUGCUUGCACGUAUGCCCAAUCUCCGGCACCUCGAGAUUGCGGUCAUAGCCCAUGAAUGCCCCAAUCCAGCACCAGCUGAUUUGAAGGAAGUGUGGCUAGGACCUUUAAAGCAGCUGGGUAAAAUGGAUGUUUUUGAGGUACUGGUCCCCCAGACGUAUGCGACGCAUUUGAGCGGUAAUGAGGGAUCAGAUUACCUCCCUUCGUCGAAUUUGAGGAAUUUGAGCGUUGAUGAGGGAUCAAAUUUCACGCUAAUAGCGUUUCCGGAUAUUACAACAGCAAGGGCGUGUUUUGGGUCUUCGGCCAAUGUAUGAUUGUCACCUAGAUGUGCACUAGCUUUGCAUUAUGAAAGGACAAAUAGUUUGUUUUGUAUACACCUAGAAUUACAAGUUUAUUGCAGACAUAGAGGGU